UUACUCUUCUCUUCUAAAUGUCCCUUCUCCUCAUCGAAUACAAAAACAUUACACUUGUUUGCCGCAGGCAGUCCCUCAAUCCCAAAAGCAACCGCGUGAACUCAACCCUAAAUAUCCCGGAACCUACAUCGCACGACCUUCUGUUUGUUGUAGCCGCGUCCAAAUUUCGUCUGCCUCAGUAAUCCCGCGGCCUGUCGCUUACCAAUUCCGCCAUUCCCACUGCUGCUGCUCACACAAAUUUGCAUAUACAUAUACAUAUAUAUAUAUCCUUCUACCCUACGAUCUUUUAUCUUCAUCCGUAAACCCCCCCCCCCCCACCUUUUCAUCACUUUUGACAUCUUUCCAAUAUAAUUGUGUUUCCUUCUCUCUCUCUCUCCCUCUGUCUUUCUCUCUCUCUGAAUAGUCUGAAUCAGCAAGAGCAUGCCUGAGCCACACUUGAACGGAGCCUAUUAUGGCCCAUCCAUUCCACCACCAAAGCACUACCACCGCCCCGGACGCGGCGGCGGCGGCAGUUGCAACCCCUUCAGCUGUUGCUGCGGCUGCCUCUGCAACUGCAUCCUCAGUUGCAUCUUCCAAAUCCUCUGCACCAUCGUCGUCGUCCUGGGCAUAAUCAUCCUGGUCCUGUGGCUGAUCUUCCGCCCCAACAAGGUCAAGUUCUAUGCAAACGACGCCGAGUUGACUCAGUUCGACCUGUCCAGCACCAACAACACCCUCUACUACAACCUGGCCCUCAACAUGACCGUCCGGAACCCCAACAAGAGGAUCGGGAUUUACUACGAUAGGAUCGAGGCCAGUGCAUUCUACCAAGGCCAGAGGCUUAAGAACGUGGAACUGGAUUCCUUCUACCAGCCUCACAAGAACACUAGCUCCUUGCACGCCGUGUUCCAGGGGCAGCAAUUGGUGACGCUGGGAAGCGACGAGGCUUCCAACUACAAGGACGAUAAGAAUUCCGGCUCGUAUAAUAUCGACGUGGAGCUGUAUAUGCGGAUAAGAUUGAAGUUCGGUUGGGUGAAGUCUCCGAAGUUUAAGCCCAAGAUCAAGUGCGAUUUGGAGAUUCCUUUGAACUCCAAUGGCACAGCGUCCGGGACAUUCGAGUCCAAACGCUGCGGUCUUGAUUGGUAGCCUUCUUCGCCCGGUGCUUGAUUGAUUCAUGGCCUACACACGUGCUUCUUUUUUCCACCCACGCCACCCCCGCUUCUUAGGGUCACAGUAGUAGUAUUACUCUAUUCUUUUUUGUCAUUAUUAUACUUAGAAUUUGAUCCGCUGCGAUUCCUUUUUCCCCAGCGUUGUUCGUAUUCAUCUUCUACUGCAUAUUUUUUGUGUUUUUUUCCCCGUGUUGUUUCGGAGUAGUAUAUGAUGUGUGAUCAUCGGCAGUCACACUACUGUUUCAUGUUGGUGUAAAUAAAUAACGAGAAUUUUUUUUUUCGUUAGUAA